AUGGCCGACAGAAGGAGAGUCAAUGGACCUUCAGGCGCCACCGUGCCCCCGGUAUACGACGAUGAAGAUCUAGUUUCCACGCAAAGAAGCCGGCCCGAGACUGGCAUCAGAGCUAUAUACCUGAAAACUGGCGUAACGCCUUCUGCGUCCGGCUCUGCCUACCUAGAGUUUGAGCCUAGAGAGGGCUCUUCGGGGUCUGGCAUGAAGCUCACCUGCACAGUACAUGGCCCGAGGUCACUACCACGAUCAGCUCCAUUCUCGCCUCACAUGGUCCUAUCUACACAUGUCAAAUAUGCCCCAUUCGCGACGAAGCAGCGGCGAGGCUAUUUACGCGACUCGAGUGAACGGGAUCUCAGCACUCAUCUGGAGACGGCGCUGCGUGGUACUUUAAUUGCCGAUCGCUGGCCCAAGAGUGGUGUGGACGUUAUUGUUACCAUUAUUGAAGGUGAACUUACACGUCAAGCUGCCCAAGACCAAGGAAUCGAGAGCUGGGAAAUGAUGAACGUGUUAAGUGGCUGCAUUACAGUUGCUUCAGCGGCGAUUGCGGAUGCUGGCAUUGACUGCGUUGACACGGUGGCCGGCGGUGUCGCUGCCAUGGUGACGAAGGAUGAGAAUGAUGAGCCCACCAUUGUGCUUGAUCCCGUACCUUCUGAGCAUGGGCAGGUAUUGGCAGCUUGUUGCGUGGCAUAUCUGCCUUCACGAGAUGAAAUCACAAAUCUCUGGUUCAAGGGGUGCCUACAAACGUCAAGCGCAGAGUCACAACGACUUCUUGUAUCAGGAGCAGUUCAUGCAAGCAAAGGCACGUGCCAGGCUAUCUCAGCAUCACUGGGUGAGGCCAUGACUCCUCAAUGA